GCAAUCGAUCAUCAGCAUCAGAAUCAUGAGCGAUCAGGAUGAUCCACUAUUGGGCCAACCGCAAACGACGCCUCGCAGUUCGCUCGGCUCGGGCGCACUAUCGUACAGCAACUCCUCUAUCUCACCGUCGACGAGUUCGAGCGGUUCGCAAGGAUCAGCCAAAUCGGCCGUCAGCGAGUGCCUUGGAGCGUGGCUUAACUAUUUGCAGAUUAUGAACAACCUGUGUGCGGCCGGUUACCGUUUGGCGCAAACCAUAGCGGCGCUCGAACCGUGGGCCUACUUUGAUCAGCAGUCGGCCGCUAGUCAAUAUACUCCGCUGAUCGGCGGUGGUGCUACCGGAAUGCUGCCCACCGGAAGCACCGGGAGCGGGUCGCAGCAGCAGCUUCCGUUCGCUAGUCAGGGCAUUCCCUCGCACAUGGCGUUCCAGUUCAUAACGGCCUGGGACGAGUUGGCCCGUGCCUCCGUGAUGGCUACGAGCACCGUAAAAUCGCACAUUGUAAGCGUGCUGCAGGACUUUAAAACCCAACCCCUGGCCACGGUGGAGCAGGAAAGCGAACUACUACAUAUCAAGGAGUACAAUCAAACGAUCCUGCAGGACAACGCCCAGACGAUGAUCAACCUGCAGCACCAGUUUUGUGUUGCAUCGUGCGACGCGUUCGCGCAGCUCAUGUGCUGCUACCAGUGCCAAACGCAGGUGGGCUUUCCGCACGACCCCGAGUGUCCGAUGGUACAGCACCCGAUGUCGAUCGCACGAACCGGCAGCGAUCAGCAGCGCUCCCAAACGCCAUCGCCCCACUUCGGUCCCAAGAUGGGAACGGCGGAAAGUGCACGGCUGUACGAUCGAACCGGAUCCACCUCGACGCAGGGAUCGUCUUCCGAUCACGGCACAACGGCCUACGAGCAGACGCGUGGCCCAUCGCCGCACGAUAUUCGUGGGCCGAGCCCGAUCCAGGGCUAUCUGGACAACAUCCGUGGUCCGCUGCCUAAUCCGGGCCACCUGUCGGGGAUGAAAGCACCGUUUUACCGGGGUUCGCGAUCACCGCUCAACUUUCCCCUGUUCACGCUCAACGGACAGCGGCGCUGGUCGGAAGCGGCCGCUGGUGAAGUUAACUCGGAGGCGGCCCUCGAUCCUGAGAGCCAGAUGCGACGCUGGUCGAUGCCAUGGGAAGCCAAGGCCGACAAAACGACCGUUCACUGGAAUCAGACUCGGCUGAUGCCCAUCUCAAAGCUGGCAGUCCCACCGGGGGCGGGCGUGGUCGGUGGUGGCUCCAAGUCGUCGCACGGUGACCGUAGCCAGAGCACAACACCGGAAUCGACCUGGCACUCGUCGAUCACAAGCCAGGACGGGUUGGUGGAAGCGAUCCAGUUGCUCUCCUGUCGACCGAUUCACCGACUGCAAGCACCGACAACCAUUGGGCCACCGUUCGUCGAAGAGCCAUCCGGAAUGCAACAUCAAAUGGAACCUCAGCAUCACAGUGUUACGGGCAAUCCGUCCGGUCUGUAUGGAAUCUGGACGCAGCAAAAUCCUCCCAGUGCCAUCCUGCGCCAGCAAUCGAUCCAAGAUCGUAUGGUGCCGCCACCUUCGAUGAACUACAUUCGCGAGCAGGACCCGUCGAUCGACGAGCAGGCGCCACCGUAGAGGCCGCGGUCCCAUUGGCCAUUAUCAUCUCAUAGCUGUAGAUAGAGGUCUCAUCUGAACCAAAGCAUACCAAACACGAACGUAGCAUAGCAACUCUGCACCCGAUAUUAGGGGAAGGCCAUUUUGGAACCGAUUUUAUGAUACAGCAACAAUGAUAUUUCAUCCCAUGCUCAGUCUACAACAUAGUGUCGUUAGGGUUUAAACGUUUCGCUAGGAAAUACGCUCUCGCUGUUUAGGCAUUGGCUUUUAGUUUAGUGUCAUGUUCCCCACUUGGCCCAAGCGGGCCGUUUGAAUGUAAAGCAAGGAAAUUCCAUUUUACAAAAACAAAAACAUUAAAUGUUAGGUGUCCAUAAGGUGAAUCUCUGUUCGUAUUGAGUUCCAAACGAAACCUUGAAUAUCCUUGCUCAAUGCUCAUCUGUUGCACGAACCGUUAUUAGUGUCGUAUUUGAUGUGUAGGACAGGCACCGACUGGCGCGCCAAACAAAAACUACGUUGUUUUUUUUCCUAAGAUAAAGUGUUUAUUGAUAUUUCGAUGGAACAAUUUGAAUGUAAUCCAGAUCCCGCCGCCGCAUCUUCUUCGGGCAUACUGUUACUUAAUAAAAUAAAAGAAAACCCCCGUUGGCUGUCUCAC